AUGAUUGAAUUUUAUCGUCGGAUCUAUAGUAAUUAUUUUAGAAGCCAAGAAGGAAGUUGCUUAAAUAAAUAUCAUACAGUUAAAAAAAAUAUUGAAAAACAAAUCAACGAUUUUUAUAAAAUUAGUGGCAGAAAUGUAUACAAAGAAUGGGAUCAAUUAUAUAAAUAUAUAAUAGAUACAGAUAAAGAUCUAAAGGUAUGUUAUGACAAUAAAUAUGUAAAUGUUAAAUUAAUUGAAGAUGAUACAAUAAAGAAAUUUACAGAAAAAUGUAAACGGAAUCGUACAUGUUAUAAUGUCGCACCUCCUGCUAUAAAACCUCCAAUAAUUAAACCUACUGCACAAAAACAUUGUAAAGACCGUGAUAGUUGUAAAAAAGGAACAGCAGCAACAGAUGAUGGUAAAUCACAAUCAAAAUUGGUCCCAUUCUUWGUACCUACUGAUUCCAAAAGUUUGGAAAUAAAAAAUCUUAAAGAACAAGGUCAAAAUCAAGCUAAUUUACAAAAAUUAAGGCAAGAAAGCGUAGUUUCACAGUCUUAUUCUAUAACAAUGCCUUCUGUUAGUUCUGUUGGAAUGAAUGAUAAAACAUCUGAAGAAGUAGGUGAUCAUCAUUCUACAACCUCGGGAAUGGUAGAAACUCAGAAACAACAGUUAGAUGCUUCGGUCCAUUCGGGAAAUAGUGAACUGGGUAGUCCUCUAACUGAUAAUUCUUCACAAUGUAUCUCUGGAGCAACUUCUGAUUUAACUAUUACUACAACGGGAAAAAAUUUAGUUGAAAAAGGUAUUCAAACUAAUGAACAUAGUCGUAAUCCUUUAGACGCUAAGCAUUCUACAUCUCAGGAUUCUCUUAGUAAAAUCGUUGCAGGGGUAAGUGGUGAUGAUAAGGGUGUUACUAAAGAUGCAGCUCAUAAUUUAUCUCUUACUGAAAGUACUCCUGGUUCUGUACAACGUGCUGAUGAAGAUUCUCUUUCUACAACUACUGAUAGAGAAAGCACUGGUGCAGUUGCUUCAGAUCCUGAAAGUACCGGUACCGAAGAAGUUGUUAGUGCAUCUCUCUCCAGUGCUCCUAGUAAUGCAGGUAAUAAUGGUAUAACUGUUGUUGAUAUGUCCGCUAAUUAUAUAGUUCCUGAUAGCGAAAUUAAAAGUGUUAAAUUUUCUCAUGUCCAUACACAUGAUAGUGAACGUUUAUGUACUGAAGGUACAUGUAAUGAAGCACAAAAUACUGAAAUAACUUCUGAUAGUAAUAACGUUAUGUUAGGUACACUUAGUCGUGUAUUCAACGUAAUACAAGAAAAUAAGGAUAAUAUGAUAAAGGCGUCAGCACCCAUGGGAAUUGUUAUUACACUCCUUUGUGGAGGGUUCUUACUAAAAAGAAUAGG